GAGAGAGAGAGAGAGAGAGAGAGAGAGAGAGAGAGAGAGAGACCAGUAUACCUCUCCCUCGCCCCCCGCCCCUCCGACCAGUGUUUUGCAGAAGCUGGUGUAGACGCGGUCAGCAACAUUUGGUCUCCGACCGUGUUUCAAAAAUGACAAUGAAACUGGCUUACUGGGACAUUCGCGGGCUCGCCCAGCCGAUCCGCCUGCUGUUGGAGUACACCGGCACCAACUACGAGAACAAGUUUUAUGUCUGUGGUGAAGCUCCAAACUAUGACAAGAGCUGCUGGUUCGAUGAAAAGGAAAAACUUGGAAUAGACUUUUCCAAUCUGCCGUACUUGGAGGAUGGAGACAGGAAGAUAGUGCAGAGCAAUGCUAUUAUGAGGUACAUUGCUCGUAAGCACAAUUUGUGCGGAGAGACUGAGGAUGAGAAGGUCCGUGUGGACAUCUUGGAGAACCAGGCCAUGGACUUCAGAAAUGGCUUUGUGAGGCUGUGCUACACUGACUUUGACAAGAUGAAGCCAGGGUACCUUGAGAUGCUGCCAUGCGUCCUGAAGCAGUUCUCAAAUUUCUUGGGAGACAGGAAGUGGUUUGCUGGUGACAAGAUCACUUUUGUGGACUUCAUUUUGUACGAGCUGUUGGAUCAACACAGGAUGUUUCAUCCUACGUGCCUGGAUGACUUCAAGAACCUCCGUGAUCUCUUAGACCGUUUUGAGGCUCAGGAGAGGAUUGCUGCAUACAUGAAGUCUGACAGAUUCAUGAAGACUCCGGUCAACAACAAGAUGGCCAAAUGGGGGAACAAGUAAAGAGUAAAAUACAACACAUUGAUGCCUUAGACUAGAAACAAUUAAAAUAAUGCUUGCAAGUGCAGCUGACUCAAUAACCAUAAAUUCAGAACUAGAGAAAAGUUAGUCUGGACCAUUUGUCUUUUCAUAAGCUGUUAACUUUUUGGGUGUGUUGGAUUCAUGAUCUUUAAGCAUCUUACAGUCUCCCGGAUAUUUACACGAAUCAAGUUUUGUCAAAAGAAAACCAAGUUUGUACUUUAAUUUAGAAACUUUAAUUUGACUUAAAGCACUUCCUUUCUUGUUACAUUUGAAAAAUAAAUUGUUUUGACUGAUUAAAGUAAA